UUUGACAUUUAAAUCAAAUUCCAGCAUGUAAUAACGUAACAAUGUUUUGAUUAUUUUCGAUAAGCAAUGAAUAACCCUUCCGAAAUUAUGUAAUGGAACAAAAAAAGAACGAAGUGUAAUAAAAUUAUGAUAAUUUAAAACAAAUAUAAUUUACUCAGUAUCCGCGAUGGAGCGAUUAUACGCAUUAGGCGUGUCCUGUAUUGAAUUUGUUCAAGAUUGGUUUGAAGGUUCUGAGGGUUACUUUAAACUAGUCAACCAUGUCUCAAAUCCACAUCAUACGACCGAGAUACUAUUCCCGCUGCUCUCCAUCGUGGACUCUGUGUUUGCUGCUCAACUAUUGCUCUGCAUGGCCUUCGGUGGUUGGCUGAAUGCUGUUAUGAAAUGGUGGCUUCUAGAAGACCGACCCUAUUGGUGGGUGAGGGAGACUUCGUUCUACGAUGGUAUCCACCGUCCAAGACUGCGACAAUACCCACAGACUUGUGAGACGGGUCCGGGCAGCCCCUCUGGACACACAGCGACCGCUAGUGCUCUGCUUGUACUCUUCUUAAUGUGGGCAGAACAUUUCAUGAAUGACAGAAAGUUCCGCCUCUGGUGGUGGAAAUACGUCGGCUACACGUUGUUCGUGGUGGGUCUCGGGUCCGUGAUGCUGGCCAGGAUGUACGUGGCUACCCAUUUCCCGCACCAGUGUCUUCUCGGGGCGCUGAUCGGUUCGUUCAUGGCCCCGGCCCUCUGUCUGUACGUGUCGGACCCCUGCAUCUGGCAGUGGGGGGGGCGCGCGGGGACCGGGGGGGGCGCGCUGAUCCGCCGACAUGCGCUCGCCGCCGGCAUCGCCACUGUCAUUGCCGUCCUCACCUACUACGGCCUAGUGGCGUGCGGAUGCGAUCCCCAGUACACCAUCAAACUGGCUUUCCGUUGGUGCGAGACUCCUGAAGAUAUCCACGUUUCCACCACCCCGCUGUAUGCCCUGGUCGAAUCGACAGCUUACCUCCUCGGCUGGGCGCUGACUGUGACGCCGGCCGUCGCAAGGUAUCGACACAACUCUAAAGACAGAUCGAUAUUAAUAUCGAUAUUCGCGACAUCCCUAGUCCUCUACGGCUAUAAGCACGUGAAAGACAAUAUAUGCACGUCGAAUACUCUCCAGUAUUACGCUGUGCAUUACGCGCUGUGCUUCUUUAAGCCCAUGCUGUUGCUCAGAGCGGUCCCGGCGAUCGCCAUGUGGCCAUUUACGAAAAGCAAAAACGAUUGAGUGAAGAGAUUGAGUUUUCAUAUCGAUGCUUGAAAGGCAAACGUGACUAAGCGACAAUAACUGCUUUGUACAUAAAUGAUAGGCAAUAACCGUAUUCGAUGCGCAAAAAAAUAUAUAUUUCUAGUUCUAUUAAAAUAAUUUCAAUCCUACAGCUAGGUUCGUUAAAAUAGAAUUUUUUUCAGGUAUUUAAACUUUAAAUUAGUCUACUGUAAAGUUCACGCAUUGUCGCUUAGUCACGUUUGCCUUUGAAGCGUCGAUAUGAAAACAUGGCGGCCGGGGAAUCCCUUAUGGCAAAGGAUAAGAAAAAAACAGCCUUUAACAUUAAAAAAAAAAAAAGUUCCGUUUGGUCGGUAGAGUUUAAUUGCUUAAAACCCUAUUUUCUGAGUUUACUCUCUUUAUGAAUAGUAUUUCGUUUAACACUAAACAUACUGGGUCAAAUGACCCAUUUUGACCCAUUUUGUUAUUGCACUUUUGACUUCACGACUUUUCUACUACAGUUAUUAUACUUUUUUGUUUGUUUUGUUUUGUUUAUUUUGAGUAAUACUUGUCGUAUACCGUUAUCUACCCGUUAUGGUAGAAAUAGGUACCAGUAAGUGUUGGUAUGAUUAGUGUUAAAGACUCAGGCAAAUAUGAUGGGGAAAUAAAAUUGAGUGCAAAAUAAAUCAUUAACUUCUCCGUACAAUUAUUAUUAAUAUUAGCACAUUUACGUAAUAAUUGGAGGGUAGAGGUAAGGAGAACCGUCUCUGUGUGUGAAAAAGUGUCCGUUAAAAUCUGCUAAAUAAGGGUGGCGCUACUGUAGCAACCGGGUAAAUUUUAAAAAAGGCGCUGAAAGUUAUUAGAAUAAGAUGGAGAAAUAAAAAAGGAAGAAGGAACUGUAAGCACUACAAAAUCACAAAAAGUAUUUUAUUUAAAGCUGAUAAGAAAAUGCAAUCGAUGUCUCCACGUUUUACCACAGCAAUAAUUUUAGGUUAUAUUGACGAAAUUAGUUUGGACUACGUAAACAUGUGAGGUCUUGUAUAUUACACUGUCACUAACUACUCUAAUCAUUAAAUAUAUAUAAAUUUCCUAACUCAGCAUACUUCAAUCAGUUAACGACUGCUCAAUUCAUUUCAUACCCUGUGCCUAUGCUAGCGCCAUUCUGGAGGAUUUUUGUACUGAUAUUUAGUGCUGAAAGUGGGACACUUUUUCAAGCUUCUCCCAUAUGAGACGGUUCUCCUUACCUCUAUCCUCCAUAGUAAAAACUAUAUCGAAUUGCCUAGCUCCAUCUAGUGUCGGUUAAGUGAAAUGUCUUAACAUCUCUCAUUUAGUAAUGUAAUAACAUUUGACUGCAAAAUUGAGGAAGUAGUACUGAAAAUUGAGGAUGUAGUACUGAAAAUUGACAUAGAUGACGUUUUAUGAAUAAUUAUUAAUGUUAUGAAUUAGUAUUUCAAAUAAUUAAAAAAAUAAAAAAUAUUUCGAAAUUCGACAAUAGAUGGCAGCACGUAUCUUGUUUAAGUAACGCGAUCUAUGUGUAAUACUUUGUCGAAUCUUUAUAAAUUUAUGCAAGAGAAGCAUCGGGUAACCUAGUUUGUUUGUUUUUAUGUUCAAUGACUUAAAGAGUAAAUUCCAAUGGCACGUCGAAGCUGAUACGCACAAUUUUACUAUUAAUCUAUACAUAUAAAUAAAAUUGGAUUGUGUGUUUGUAAUAUUUAAAUAACCGCUUUUUACAUGUACCAUAUGAAUAUACCUAGUCAGGUCAUAAAUUCUGUCACAUGUUUAAUGUAAAAUAAUUGAAACAAGUUUAUUCAUUAUGUAACCAUUCAUAUACCAAAAUGAACUUAACAAAACAUAGAUUCUUAUGACACUAAAGUUUAUUCAAAAUGACCUCCGUGAUUUUGAAUACAGACCUUCAAUCUGCGCGGCCAGUCGUCUAUCGCAGCACGAACGAGGUCCAUGUCAAUAUCGGCGGCUGCCUUAAUCAAGGAUGUCUUGAGUGACUCUAAAUUGGGAUGAGGCUUUGAGCACGCCUUUUCCUCCAAGUGUUGCCAUAUCUUGUAAUCUAACGGAUCCAAAUCUGGACUGGAGGAGGGCCAGUCUUCGUGCCGGAUGAAGUCGAUUUCACGCGCCGCCAGCCAGUCUUGUGUGCUCUUCGCUCUAUGAGCUGGCGCCGAAUCUUGUUGGAAUACCCAGUGCCUGUUAUUGAACAUGGUAUGAGAAACAGGUUCCACAAGGUUCGUCAGGACUGUAUUUUGAUACACAACUGCAUUCGUUUUUACACCUUUCUCACAAAAAUGUACCUCUAUUAAGCCCCAAUAAGAAACUCCCAACCAUACCAUGAGCCAGGAUGGAAAAUGACCUCGUUGGACACGCGGAAUACGGUUGCUCGCUUCUUCACUACUGUGUGCGUACACCUUAUGAUUUUGUUUGUUGUAGCUCUCUUCUACGGUAAAAAUUUUUUCAUCCGAAAAAAGAAUUUCCCGAUAUUUUUUUCCCGCGUACCGCUUCAACAAAGCGCGGCAUCUCUUCAGUCUCAGGUCCAUUAGACGAGCAUUCAAACAAUGUCCUGUUUUUCUUCGAUAUGCCCGUAGCCCUAAGUCUUCAUUUAACACCCUUUUCGCCGUGGUUCUGCUUAACCCCAUCUGAAGGGCCAACAGUUUCUGCUUACGUUUGGGGUUUCUUUGAAUUCGCGCCUUCACAGCUUUUAUCACUGCUGGAGUCCUAACAGACCGAGGGCGACCACUUCUUGACCUGUCAUCUACACUAGAGUCUUCAUUGUAUCGUUUGAUGGUACGAUAAACGAAUCUUUUGGUUAUAUUCAAAAUUUUCAGUAUGUUAAAAAUUUGAAUUGGCGCGUAACCGCAACGAUGCAACGCAAUAACUGCAACACGGUUUUCUUUAAGCGUCCACUCCAUAUUUAAAAAUGAGUAAAAUUCUAAAAGUAUACAUUUUUAUUUUCAUGAACAAUUCGAAAUUCGAAUCCAAUAAACUUUUUUGUGGCCAGCAUUCUAAAAGAAAAGUUUUUACUGUGUGACAAUACUUAUGACCUGACUAGGUAUAUAAAGGUACCAAAAUAACAUUUUUUUUUAUAAUUUUUAUCUGUCUGUUUGUUCCGGCUAAUCUCUGGAACGGCUGGACCGAUUUUGAUGAGACUUUCACUGAUAGGUAGCUGAUGAUAUAAGGAGUUAGGCUACUGUUUUUAGAGUAGCUUCGCCCUGCGGCGUCACCCGCAGUACGAAAAUAACCGCGGGUAACAUCGCGGGACUCGGCUAUCAAUAAUAAAAUGUAAUGUUUCCGAAGCGAAGCAAGGGCGGGUCGCUAGUUAUAUAAUAAAUGCACUUUCCGUGUCCGUAUCUUUAAAUAAUUGAUCCACAACUCACAAUGGACCGAGAACCGCCAUUUACAUCCAUUUUGCGACGUUUUUUGCUUCAAUAACUUUUUUAAUUUUUUUUAUUUUUUUUAUCACCAAAUGUAUAUUUUAUACGUGGUAUAAAAUCAUUCGUGACCAUCAUUAAAUAUUGGGAAAUAUAAUUCGAUAUGAGCCUGUAACGAUUUUUUGGUUUUCUGCCAAUGAAGCUGACAUGAAUGUCUAAAAGUAAGCAAGACUACCCACAGUUACUGUAAUCAUUGUAUUUUUUUUUAAAUGCGGGUACCUUGAGAAAGUUUUGUUACUUUUUUUUUAAAAUAUAAUUACCAAAGAUUAUCCCCAUAGAUUAGAAGAUAUUAAUAAAUAUUUACUCGACACAUUUUUUAAAUAUUUACUCGAAACAUUUUUUUUGUUUGCGGCAAACGGAAAAUACACGGAAAUGUCAUAGUGACAGUGACAGUGACAGUGACGUAAAGUCCUUUUUGACAUUAAUCUUGAUGUUGAUUUUUUUAAGUGUUAAUUCUUUAUUUUGUUUGAGGGUACGUCUUUGUUAUUUACAAACGGUUUGUUUUGUGUUUGUUGUGUGACGGGUAGAGAUAAGGAGCACUAUCUCGUAUAGGGGACAAGUUGAAAAAGUGUUCGCCUUAAUGUUGGAAAGCUCAGUGAAAUAGCGAUAGUGUUAGAGUAGGAAGUAAGAACAAGAUACAAUGACAUAGUCAAUGUCACUAUUACGGUGUAAUCGCGCGUUUAUUGUUCUCAAUUGUAAUCACAAUCGACGCUUGAAAGGCAAACGUGACUAAGCGACAAUAACUGCUUUGUACAUAAAUGAUAGGCAAUAACCGUAUUCGAUGCGCAAAAAAAUAUAUAUUUCUAGGUCUGUUAAAAUCAUUUCAAUCCUACAGCUAGAUAGAUUCGUUAAAAUAGAAUUUUGUUUUCAGUUAUUUCAACUUUAAAUUAGUCUACUGUAAAGUUCACGCAUUGUCGCUUAGUCACGUUUGCCUUACAAGCGUCGAUAUUAUUUUCGAUUUUUUGAAAUGCUUUACAAAACAGUCGAAAAUAUAGUUUUCAAUUACAAAAAUAAAGGCGAGCUUAAACUGUGAAAGUAUUUUUUUAUUUUAUGUUUUUCGACUCCGAUAAAAAAAAUCAAAGACAUGCUUUUUUUUGUUACGCCCUGGGCUUCGGGAUAAAUAAAAAUUCUACCGAAAUACAAAUUGAAAUUUAACGAAUACUUUAAAAUUCUCAAUUUACUUCUUCCGCUUCGCUUCAGGUGAUCCGUUCGCUGUUUCGCGUCGAGUAGAAUCGCUAACUCACUGACUGCGUGCCAUCUCUGCAACGCUUUUAUAGUCGAUACGGCAUCCCUAGAUUUAUCGAGAACAUUUUGGGCAGGUCGAGUAGCUUCGAUGCGUGUUUCCGCUGUCUGACAAUAGAUGGCGUUGUACAUCACGAGCUUUCUCGAUGUUACGAGUUUCUUUGAUAUUCGUUCGGGCUAUUCGGCGAUAGAUGGCGUUACCGGUGUAGCAAUUUCUUCAUAAGGAAUUUGUGCACUAAUAACACGGGUGUACACCAAAUUUUACUUUGAUUGCAAAGCAUAAAAUUGCGAUAUUUUAGAUCGUAAUUAGACGAAAAAAAAAUACAUGGCGUGAAACAGUUUGCUUUUGAACUUUAAUAAAUUGACCACAUAUGAAACAAAA